AUGUAGCUCAAAUUUAUUAUUAUUUAGCCUUAAAUAAAAUCAAAUAAAAGUCAUUCUCAAUUCUGUUAAUAUUCGUGGCCCUAAUUUAUUAUUAUUUGUUCUUUUAAAAUAGCCGAAUCUAAUUUUCAAGUAUUAAUAAAAAUAAAAAAUCAGAUUUUAUAUUAAAAUUUAGAGAAAAGCAUGUCUUCAAUAUUGAGUAGCUUAAACUUUUAAAAUAUUGACAAGCAAUUUAAGGACCUAGUUUCUUUGUUUAAGGAGAAUAAGUUUGAAAUUGUUUAAUAGUUAACCGAUGCCUUAUUUGAUUAUGGGUAUAAUGAUAAUUACUCAUACAUUUCUUCUAUUUUAAUUUCGCUAUUGAUUAAAGAGUGCUCUUAAGAUAGUUUUAUGCUACAAAAAAUUUUUAAUAGUAUUUUGACCAACUACAUCACAUCAGAUUCUAGCUUGAAGCAUUUACAAACGCUUUAUGUUCUAGCUACUUACUUUAAUCAAUAGGUUAUCAUAUAAGGAGAUGAAUUAAUUAGAUAUAUUAUUUAGAAAGAUUCAGAAUAAUGCUUAAGAGUGCUAACAUUCUUAAGCACUAUUUUAAAAAAGAGAGAAAAUUAAGAAGAAUCUUUCGAUUUUAUUGUACAACAGAAGAAUAUUAAGUAGCCUAGCCUAGUCAAAAUAUAAGAACCAUCUAGGCUUAUAGAUGAGCUUAUAAAAAUAUCAAAUGAUGAUUAGAUUUAAGAAUAAAAACAGGAAGUUAAUGCGUUAGCAAUAAAUUGUCUACUAUUUUUACAUAAAUAUAUGAGCAAAGCUUAGCUUUCUAUGGUUAUGGUAAUAUUUUAUAAUAAUCUGUAUUAAAUAGAGAUUAUUUGCCAAUAUAAAUUUGAUAUAGUUUGUUAAUAUCUCUACAUUCUAAUUUAAAACUAAGUUCAAUUUACAACUGUUUAUGCUCAUGGAAUGUUAUUAAAACUAAUAAUUAAUUUAAAUGAUUCUUAUUUCUAAAAUGUUAAUAUCAAUUGUGGAGUAAUUGAGCUUAAUACUAAAAAAGAGAUAUAUCUUAUCCUAGAAGACAAAAGAUUAGAGUAAAUUAAAAAUUUAUAUGACAAAAUUAACUAAUUUACAGAAUAGAUUUUAAAUUUAGAAAAUAAUUUUGAAGAAAAAUAUUUAGUUAAAUAAGUAUUUGAAGCAAAAGAUUAAUAUUUUGAACUUUACUCAAUUUUGUGUGUAGAAAUAGCUGAAGCCAUACUAGCAGACACUUUCCUUCAGUUUGCUAAAAAAUAUAAAAACAUGUAUAUACAAUUAGCUAUAUAAGUAUGUAAAUUAAAAUUUUUUGAGGUAUUGAGCACUAAUGAUAAAUUUCUUACUAAUUAUGAAAUUGAUUAUAGGAUAAAUUAGAUAAUAGAUAUUGUUUUAAAUGGCAUUAAUGAGAAUAAAAUCAUAGAUUACAUAUACAAGGAAUUGAAUAAUAUUGAGAAGAGAUGCUCUGUUAUUAAAAAAAGCUAAGUAUUAAGUAAAAAUCAAGAGGUUGACACAUCUUACAGUUAGAAAUUAAUUUAAGAAGACAUACUUGUGGUGAAUAAAAGCGAUAAAUUUUAAGUUAUUGGCUGCUUUAAAAUCAUGAGAUACAUACUUAAUAAAGAUGUUGAGCUAAAAGAAAUAGAUAUGUUUUUCAAAUUCUUUAGCUACAUGUUUUUUGAUUCAUUUUUACAAUAUCAUGCUAUAAAGAGUUCAUAGAGUUUUGUAGUAAUUUGUAAACAAUACAUUACUUUGCAUCAUUAUUAAUUCAUUCCAUAGUUGAUAGAAGUUUUUAAAAUAAAUGAUAGUUAAUUAAGGAUCUUUGCUUUGAGUGUGUUUAUAUAUAUUUUUUAAAAUCUACAAAAAAGUGACCAAGCUUAGUUAUAUCCUUACACAAAAGAUAUACUUCAUAUCUUAAUUAAGGAAUACACCAACGAAAAUUUUUAAAAGCAUAGUGCCUUGCUAUCAUAAAAAACACAGAAAUUUAUAAAGUAGCUUCUAGAGUUGGAAGAUAUAUACCUGUAUUUAGAAGAUGAAAUUCAAAUCAUUGAAAAUUUAUUCUUAGAAAUGAUUGUUAAUAAUGAAAAAAGAGAGCUUUUAAUCCAAAGUAAUCAAUAAAUCUGCCUUUGUGCUAUUUUAAAAAUAAAGCAAAUGCUAAAAUUGGAUUGCAGUGAGCUUAAAUAAAACAUUAAAGCCAUAGCUGAAGAAAUAGCUUAAAAGAUUUAAAAUUCAUCAAAUUAAAUAAGCACUACUUAAAAAACCUUCUACUAUUAGUUUUUCUAAGUUUUGACUGUGGAAAUGCUAGGAUCUCAGAAUUGCUUUGAUUAAGUUUUCCUUUAGGUUUUACCAUCAGCCUUGAAAGAUGGUUCAGUCAAAAAUUGUCCGAUUAUAAUUAAAAGCAGAGAGCACUUAACAGAUCAAUAGCGAGAGGAAAGUGAUAAUAACUCUGAAGAAGUAGAAGAAAAUUAAAACCAUCAAAAUUAAUAGGCUGAUAAUGAAGAAGAUGAAUAUAGUGAUGACGAAGAAGAAGAAGAAUAAGAUGAAUAAAGUAAUGAAGAAGAAGAAUAAGUUAAUGAAGAAGAUGAAUAUGAAGAUAUAGAUGAUGAAUAAGAUGAUGAAGAAAGUAUAGAGUAUGAUAUUUUAAGACCGUCCUUGCCCUAAUAAAUUUUAGUAGAAGAAGCUUUACAUUUUAUCUUGAUUUUUUGCAAAGAGUCAACAGAAACAUUCAUAAAUUAUAAGAAAUUUGAUAUUUUUAACUUGCUUUCACAAAACUUAUAAAAUGAGCUCAUUUUUGAAGAAAGUGUACACUCUAUCAUGAAUACUAUUUUAUAAAUAAUUAGUGUUACUUAGCUCUACUUCCUAAAAAAGCAUCAAGAAGAAAUUAAAUAGUAAGGAAAUUCUUAAAUCCUUGAAUAAGGAGCUAUUGAAAUAUUUUAGAUGUAUUAGCUUACAGUAUAUUAAGCAUUAAAAUUAGAAAAAAAUAGAUCUGAAGAUUACAAAUAAUCUUUAACUAAAGUUGUUUAAGAGAUCAUAAAAUUGUUAGAUAAAUAAAUUAUUGCUAUUUUAUAUUAAUAACUGUACGAAUCUAUUAUGAGAACAAUUUUCUAACUAGCCCGAUAAGAUAAGAUAUCAAUUAUUAAUGGAGUUUAACUUUUAGCCAACUUAUAUGAAAAACUACCUGAUAAAAUGAUAGAAGGAAUCAAAAUGUCAUAGUCAGCUAUUUAAAAACUAUUAAGACAUGAAAGUGUUGAUCAAGAUACAAUAUUUUAUCAAGAAAUUUACAAAGAUAAAAUAAUAAGGCUACCAACUUCUGCUGAUUUUGAAUGUGUUAAAUACUGUCUAUAAAGAUUCUAUAUAUUUAUUGAUAUUAAUCCAUAAGUAUAUCCUAUAAUAAGUUAGAUUUAUUAUGAUGUUAUAUCUGGUAAGAUUAAUUAUGGAGAUUAAGUGAUUUGUUUUGCUGUUUUUAGUUUCCUAAUUAAAAUUGCGAGAUAUUGUAUUGAUCAAAUUACUCCAAAAUAAAUAAGUUUAAUAUCUAAUUUUCUAAAAUAAUUUGAAGCUGAAAAUAGUAAUUUUAGUAUUGCUAUGAUUGCUUCUAUAAUAGCUAAAGCUAUGAUCAGCCUCUAAUAAAUUUAAGGUUUAAAUCUAACACACAAACAAAUGAAUAUUAAUUUCUAAAAAUUUUUAUAAAUUCUCCCAGAAAUUACUGAUAUAUCGAAAUACGAAGAUGUGAAAUACAUUAUAGAAUAAAUCAAGAAAAGCAAUUAUAAUUUUUCUGCCUAAGAAAAUGAUAAUAUUCACAAAUUUCUGUUAAGAGUAUAAGUUAUUUGA